CACAUUCACAGAACCUCAGGAACACAGGGCAGAGCAGUUUUAAUAACAGGUUGGAAGGAGGAUUCUCAAGGCUUGAGACAUGCCUGUGGCAUCGGCUAGCUCGGAUUCUGCUAUGCAUCAGGUCCUGGACACACUUAGUGACAGCACCAGCUCCACUACUGCCAAUGACUUGGACCUCAUCUUCCUCAAAGGCAUAAUGGAGAACCCAGUGGCUCAUGAAAAAAUGGAGGAGACCAAACUGGAGGCAGUGCGAGACAACAAUGUGGAACUGGUACAGGAGAUCCUGAGGGACCUCACCCCUCUGACACACCGGAGCAAGGCUGCUGAUGAGCUGGCCCGUAUUUUGAAGGAGCCCCACUUCCAGUCCCUUUUGGAGACCCAUGACUCCGUGGCUUCCAAAAGCUAUGACACCCCACCUCCCAGCCCGUGUGCCUUCAUGGAUGCUGCUCUCAACAACCAGCCUGUACCCCCUGAUGCUGUGAGGAUGGUGGGCAUUCGCAAAGUGUCAGGAGAACACCUGGGAGUGACAUUCCGUGUGGAAAACAGUGAGCUGGUCAUUGCCCGCAUUCUCCAUGGCGGCAUGAUUGACCAGCAGGGCUUGCUCCAUGUGGGUGACAUCAUCAAAGAGGUGAAUGGCAAGGAGGUGGGUAAUGACCCCAAGGUGCUGCAGGAGAUGCUGAAGGAGGCCAGUGGCAGUGUGGUGCUCAAGAUCUUGCCCAGCUACCAGGAACCCCACACCCCACGCCAGGCAUUUGUAAAGUGCCACUUUGACUAUGACCCCAUCCACGACAACCUCAUCCCCUGCAAAGAGGCAGGCCUCAAGUUCAACAGUGGAGACAUCCUGCAAAUUUUCAACCAGGAGGAUCUCAACUGGUGGCAGGCAUGCCAUGUUGAGGGCGGUAGUGCAGGUCUCAUCCCCAGCCAGCUCCUGGAGGAGAAGAGAAAGGCAUUUGUAAAGAGGGACCUGGAAUUUGCUGCUGCAGGUCCCCUCUGUGCUGGAAUGGGUGGGAAAAAGAAGAAGAAGAUGAUGUACCUGACAACAAAGAAUGCUGAGUUUGAUCGACACGAGCUGCUGAUAUAUGAGGAAGUUGCAAAGAUGCCGCCUUUCCGUCGGAAGACUCUGGUUCUGAUCGGGGCACAAGGGGUUGGUCGGCGCAGCCUGAAGAACAAGCUGCUGGUGUCAGACCCGCAACGCUACGGCACCACUGUUCCUUAUACUUCCAGGAAGCCCAAGGUGGACGAGAAGGAUGGGCAGAUGUACUUGUUCAUGUCACGCAGUGAGAUGGAGUCAGACAUCAAGAAUGGCCGAUUCCUCGAGCAUGGCGAGUAUGAUGGAAACCUCUACGGUACAAAGAUAAAUUCCAUUCAUGAGGUCGUGGAGACUGGAAAAGUAUGCAUCCUGGAUGUCAACCCACAGGCUCUCAAGAUUCUUCGGACAGCAGAAUUUCUGCCCUAUGUUGUGUUCAUUGAGGCACCGGACUUUGAGGUCCUGAAGGCCAUGAACAGAUCAGCCAUUGAGGCUGGUGUGGUUACCAAGCAGUUAACGGAUUCGGAACUGAAGAGGACAGUAGAGGAAAGUGCAAGGAUCCAGCGGGCCUAUGGACAUUAUUUUGAUCUCACCAUCAUCAAUGACAAUUUAGAGAAUGCUUUCCGCAAGCUCAAGGGGGCACUAGAAAAGCAGGGGGUAGAGCAGCAGUGGGUUCCUGUCAGUUGGGUCUUUUAGGGCCUAGGUAAGUACAUGGCUGGAUAACUGAUUAAGCUGGAUGAUUGAAGAGAGUCAAACUUUUCUCAUCAAAACAACGGAAACUUAGUUUCCCUUAUUAAACAGUGCCAAGUAGUCAGAGGCUUACUGUGAAACUCGUGUGGAUGCCAAAUCCAUUUGCCUAAGACAUCACUCCCUUUGUCUGAUCAAAAAUGCCUGUAGACUUUAAUUUCAGAUCUUGUUUUUAAAUUGUGUUCUUAUUUUAUUUUUAAGAGCAAAACAUUCUCUGUUUGUGAAGGAAAAAGAACUCAUAGGAGGUACAGUCCUGUCUGUGAGUGGGUGUAAAGUGUGAAGGUCUACAUGUCUGAGUGAGCUUUAUUUAUACUUUGGAUUAUUGUGCUGCAUAUUUUUUUGGUAAACACGGCAUUUUAGGUCAUACAUUUUAUACAUAUGGAAUUCAUACUAAUGGCCCAUAAAUUAAAGAAUAUCAUGGGUUUGUAGUUUUAUACAGUGGAGCACUAAAUUAAUAUUCAUUGCAUUUCAGGUUGCAGUGAGGAAUAAUACUUAAAAUCUGGACCAAAUAAAUCCUGGAUGUAACACGCUUAUAGCAAUGCUUUUGUUCCAAGGGAAGACUAUACCUUAAUAAUAGAAUAUUUUGGAAUGACCGUCAUCUGUGCAUUAAGGGCAAAAUUCUGCGGAAAAGAAUAAUACUGGUAUACAUCAGUGCCUUUUGUGCAAAAAGUGCAGUGGAAUUUACGAAAGCUGUUGAACUGGUGUGUGAUAUAUCAAUAUCACUCUAAUAAAUACAAUGGAUAUAGUCAUGCAGCUAACAUUAUAGCUAUACAUGUUUCAUAUUAUUACUGAUUUUAUGAAAUAUACAUAUGUGUAAUGACUAAAUAUUCUGUGGAGGAUUUAGUUAAUUUUAAGGUAAUCAUAGUAAUGUUAGAUCAAAGAAAUUUGGAGCAGUGUAAAGUUUGUAAAGUAGUUUUGUCACUUAAAAUUCUGUAAUGUAUAAUUGUGACAAAAUUAUAAUUAAACUGUGAGGUUAAAUUAAACUGUGAGAUUUUAGCUGAAACUGUAGAGGGAUCAAACCUGUAAAUAAAGCAAACUAUAAUCAGUCACAUUUUUAGUUACUUUUACAUGCCUGUGUGAAAUGUACUUUUUUUCUUGUAACUUGAUUUAAAGUCAUGCAUAGAUGUUGCGGUCUCUGUACCCACCAAUUAAUAAGCAUAGAAUUAAUGGAUUUGGCAGUUUUUUUUAUAUCUGUAAAUAGAGACAGACAUUUCUACUGCUGUUUAUGAAUAAAUUUUUUCUCGAAAACAUAAAAUAGCCACAUAUAUCUGUUACCUACAUCUGU